GUGGGAGGGACCGCCUAUUUUAAUUGAUUCAAAGUAUAACUCAUCAACCAUUUGUUGUAGUGAGAAUGAGGACAGUUCAGGUCGUCUGUUGUCUGAUUUACCCGAGGUUAAAUCAAAUUCAGUUCAUAUUUAUCACAUAACACAAGAUUUGAGUUGGUUUCCUUUUAAUAGAUUCUCACAACUCAAUCGCAUGAUACGCGCCUGUGCGUAUAUUUUACGCUUCAUAAAUAACACACAAAUUAAAAAUAAUAAACGGACAGGUGUACUGAGUGUCGAUGAGUUGAGUGAAUCACAACAAAGGUUAAUACAUUUUGUUCAAUUGGAAUCCUACUUUGACAUUUACACUACAUUAAUAAAAAAUAAUCAAUUAAAUAAUUCGCACAAUUUAUCAAAUUUAAAUUUAUUUCUAGAUAAAAAUAAUUUAAUUAGAGUAGGUGGUCGGCUUAGUAAUUCUACUUCAUUUACUUACGACAAAAAACAUCCCAUAUUAUUAUCAGGCAAACAUCAAUUUACCAUACUACUGUUUCGUGCGGAACACAAACGUCUACUGCACGCAGCGCCACAGGCUCUCUUGUAUGCGAUAAGAGAGGUAUGGUGGCCGAUUGGUGGGAGAAAUAUUGCCAGACAAACCGUACAUAAUUGUGCUAGAUGCGCUCGCUUUCGUGCUAAACCGCUAACACCUCUUAUGGGUAAUCUUCCUGUGCAACGGGUAACCCCUGGAUUUCCAUUCAUGUGUUCUGGAGUCGAUUAUAUGGGUCCGGUUUAUAUUUUAAAUCGCAAGGGCCGGGGAGCACGCGUUAUAAAGGCAUAUGUUGCAAUUUUCAUUUGUUUUACUACUCGCGCAGUUAAUUUAGAAUUGGUAGGUGAUUUGUCAACAGAUGCGUAUUUAUUAGCUCUCAAACGAUUUAUUUCUCGCCGUGGUAAACCAUCUGACAUGUUUUCAGACAACGGCAGAAACUUUGUAGGACUCAUGAAUGAAUUUCAAAAUUUUCUCUCUAAUUGUUCACAAGAUAUUAUUAACUACGCUAUUAGUCAAAAAAUUAAAUUCCAUUUCAUACCUCCUUAUUCUCCUCAUUGGGGUGGUCUGUGGGAAAGUGGUGUACGCUCAUGCAAGAAUGUAUUGCGACGCGUAGUCGGUAACUUGCAUUUAACAUAUGAAGAGUUCAAUACGGUAUUAACACAGGUCGAAGCUGUUUUGAACUCCCGUCCACUUAGUCCUAUGUCCACAGAUCCUCAUGACUAUUAUCCCUUAAGCCCAGCUCAUUUCUUGGUCGGUCGUCCGCUGACUGCGCCGCCGUGCUCUGAUGUUCAAGACUUCACGCCAUCAAACUUGACACGAUAUCAACGGGUAGAACAAAUACGCCAACAUUUUUGGACAAGGUGGUCCAAAGAAUAUAUAUCUGAGAUGCAAAUAAGGAACAAAUGGAAAACUCGCCAAGCAGACCUGAAGCCAAACACCUUAGUGCUCAUUAAGGACGACCACUUACCUCCAUUAAAGUGGCGUUUAGGACGCAUCAUUUCCACUCUCCCGGGCAAAGACGGGGUAUCAAGAGUCGCCGACAUAAGGACGGAGACCGGCAUCGUUAGGCGGGCAUUCUCUAAAAUAUGCCCUCUUUGGAACGAAGAAGAAGAAUUGAAAGUGGAACCUUCCAAGGCCGGGGGCAUGUUAAAACAGUAGUAGCAAAUCUGCUGUGAGUAGUAUAAUGCUCAAAGUCACAGGCGCCAUCCUCAACCACCACUGGUCGACGUCAAAUCUAGCGUCGAUGACGGCAUCAGUCAAUCGACCAGUGAGAAGCACCGCUCAUCACGCGACACAUAUGA